AUGCCCGAGGACCAGGCCUGCACAGCCAUGGAGGAGGCAUCUCCCUAUUCCUUACUUGAUAUCUGCUUGAGUUUCCUGACCACACACCUUGAGAAGUUCUGUUCAGCAAGACAAGAUGGAACAUUAUGUCUGCAGGAACCUGGAGUAUUUCCACAGGAGGUGGCUGAUCGACUGCUUCAGACCAUGGCAUUUCAUGGUCUAUUGAACGAUGGAACUGUGGGUAUUUUUAGAGGCAACCAGAUGCGUUUAAAGCGAGCUUGCAUUCGCAAGGCAAAGAUCUCUGCUGUUGCUUUCCGGAAAGCCUUCUGCCACCACAAGUUAGUGGAACUUGAUGCCACAGGUGUGAAUGCUGACAUCACCAUUACAGACAUUAUCAGUGGGCUUGGCAGUAACAAAUGGAUCCAGCAAAAUCUUCAGUGCUUAGUGCUGAACUCAUUAACUCUCUCCCUUGAGGAUCCUUAUGAGCGGUGCUUUAGCCGGCUUUCUGGCCUUCGAGCUCUAAGCAUCACCAAUGUUCUCUUUUACAAUGAAGAUCUGGCUGAAGUUGCCUCAUUACCAAGAUUAGAGAGCCUGGAUAUUUCUAACACCUCAAUCACAGACAUCACUGCCCUCCUGGCCUGCAAAGACCGACUCAAGUCUUUAACCAUGCACCACUUAAAAUGUUUAAAAAUGACAACUACCCAGAUACUGGAUGUUGUUCGGGAACUAAAACAUCUGAAUCAUCUUGAUAUCUCAGAUGAUAAACAGUUUACAUCAGACAUAGCUCUUCGCUUACUAGAACAAAAGGAUAUCCUACCCAAUCUUGUCUCCCUGGAUGUUUCUGGGAGAAAGCAUGUGACAGAUAAAGCUGUUGAAGCCUUUAUACAACAACGGCCCAGCAUGCAGUUUGUAGGUUUGCUGGCCACUGAUGCUGGUUACUCUGAAUUUCUCACAGGCGAAGGGCCUUUGAAGGUGUCUGGAGAAGCCAAUGAAACUCAGAUUGCAGAAGCACUGAAGCGGUACAGCGAAAGGGCAUUUUUUGUCCGAGAAGCUCUAUUUCACCUUUUUAGCCUGACUCAUGUGAUGGAAAAAACAAAACCAGAAAUUUUAAAGCUUGUAGUUACUGGAAUGAGAAAUCACCCUAUGAAUUUGCCAGUGCAACUGGCUGCAAGCGCCUGUGUAUUUAAUUUAACCAAGCAGGAUCUUGCUGCAGGAAUGCCUGUUCGACUCCUGGCUGAUGUAACCCAUUUGCUGCUCAAAGCCAUGGAACAUUUUCCCAAUCACCAGCAGUUACAGAAGAAUUGCCUCCUUUCACUUUGCAGUGACCGGAUCCUUCAAGAUGUUCCAUUUAACAGGUUUGAAGCAGCCAAGCUUGUCAUGCAGUGGCUCUGCAACCACGAGGAUCAAAAUAUGCAAAGGAUGGCAGUUGCUAUCAUUUCCAUCCUAGCUGCCAAGCUUUCUACAGAACAAACUGCACAGCUUGGUGCUGAGCUCUUCAUUGUCAGGCAACUUCUUCAAAUAGUGAAGCAGAAAACCAACCAAAAUUCAGUGGAUACUACAUUGAAGUUUACUUUGAGUGCACUUUGGAACCUCACAGAUGAAUCCCCAACCACUUGCAGACACUUUAUUGAAAACCAAGGCUUAGAACUCUUCAUGAGAGUUCUGGAGUCUUUCCCAACUGAGUCAUCCAUUCAACAGAAAGUUCUAGGACUUUUGAACAAUAUAGCUGAAGUUCAAGAAUUGCAUUCUGAAUUAAUGUGGAAAGAUUUUAUAGACCACAUCAGUAGUCUCCUACACAGUGUUGAAGUGGAAGUCAGUUACUUUGCAGCUGGAAUUAUUGCACAUUUAAUAUCAAGAGGAGAACAAGCUUGGACAUUAAGCCGUAGCCAGAGGAAUUCUCUUCUUGAUGACCUGCAUUCAGCUAUUUUGAAAUGGCCAACUCCAGAGUGUGAAAUGGUAGCAUACAGAUCCUUUAAUCCAUUUUUCCCACUACUUGGCUGCUUCACAACACCAGGAGUCCAACUGUGGGCUGUUUGGGCCAUGCAACAUGUCUGCAGCAAGAAUCCUUCAAGGUAUUGCAGCAUGCUGAUUGAAGAAGGAGGGCUGCAGCAUUUAUACAACAUCAAAGAACAUGAACAGACUGAUCCCCAUGUUCAACAGAUUGCUGUGGCCAUUCUGGACAGCUUAGAAAAACACAUUGUGCGCCAUGGGAGGCCACCUCCCUGUAAAAAGCAGCCUCAGACUAGACUAAAUUAAUAUCCAUAGAUUAUUGGAUCACUGAACCACAGGAAUUUGUGAUUGGUUCAUUUGGAAUAUCUUACCCUCUGUGGUGUUUUGGGGGGGUUCUGUGACAAGAUUCAUAAGAUCAGUUUGGGAUUGAUAAUGUACACUACUGCCCAUGUGAACAGUCUCUAAUUUGUCUUGUGAUUUUUAACUAAUGAGGCAAGAAAGGUCUCUUCCUUCAUCAUUGCCUUUUAGGAAAUUUUCCACAUCUUUCAGUGUUUGAACUUAUCUGUGCUUGAGAUUCUAAAGUUUUAUGAUAAAGUUUGCACGAACCCUUAGGCCAGAUUCUUCUGAUCUCAGCGUCCCUUCCAAUCAAUUUGCAGCUUCCCAUGAGCUGUUAACUUGAUUUCUGGCACUGCUUCACUUGUAAAUUUUAUACUGCUUCUGUACAAAAUGCCUUUAUUCUCUGUGUAUCUUUUACAAGAUGUCCUUCUUAGUAUGAAAGAAUGGAAAUCUAAGUUGUCUCCUUGUGGAAGUUACUCACUGUAACCUGGAUGGCUAACAGAAAAAUAUUUUUAGAGGGCUGGGGAUGUAUCUCAGUGGUAGAGCGCUUGCCCAGCAUGUGU